CCGCCAAAUUCCUUCACAUGAUCAGUUGUUCGAGGCUUUGCUGUGGAUUUUCGCAAUGGAUGUCGCUGAUCGAACGACAGGAACGGCAAAUGUUCGCGAUGAGCUGGCUGAUCGAUGUCAAAAACUCUUCCAGGAUUUUUUAGAAGAGUUUGAGCUUGACGGAGAAGUGAAGUACCUUGCUGAUGCACAGGAACUGAUUCGUCCAGAAAGAAAUACACUUGUGGUCAGCUAUCAAGAUGUUGAAUCAUAUAAUGCUCAGCUAGCAACUCUUAUUCAAGAAGACUAUUACAGGGUGUUUCCCUAUUUGUGCCAAGCAGUGAGAAACUUUGCAAGGGAUAGGGGACAAGUUCCUCCAAAUAAGGAGUUUUAUGUGAGCUUUAUUGACUUACCCACCCGACACAAAAUCAGGGAAUUGACUAGUCAGAAGAUUGGAAGCUUGUUACGCAUCAGUGGUCAGGUUGUAAGGACACACCCAGUUCAUCCUGAACUUGUAACAGCAACAUUCACUUGUCUCGAUUGCCAGACAGUUAUCAAAGAUGUAGAACAGCAAUUUAAAUAUACUCAGCCUACAGUUUGCAGGAACCCUAUUUGCCAAAACAGAGCUCGCUUUGCGCUGGACAUCAAUAAGUCGCGUUAUGUGGAUUUUCAAAAAGUACGCAUACAGGAAACACAGGCGGAGUUACCAAGGGGCUGUAUCCCUAGAAGUGUGGAAGUGAUUCUUCGUGCCGAGGCAGUAGAGCAGGCCCAGGCUGGGGACAAAUGUGAUUUUACUGGAACUUUGAUUGUGGUACCUGACAUUGCGCAGCUUGCAACACCAGGUACUAGAAGUGAAACAGGUCAAAGGCAAACCUCAGGAGAGGGGUACGAGGCUGAAGGUGUCAGGGGUUUGAAGGCUCUCGGUGUGCGUGACCUAACCUAUAGACUCUCAUUCCUGGCAUGUAGUGUCCAAGCGACAAACCCCAGGUUUGGAGGCAAAGAUCUAGAUGGCGAUGACAUGACAGCAGAGGGUAUUAAAAAGCAGAUGACACCACAAGAAUGGCAAAAGAUCUAUGAAAUGAGCCGAGAUAAAAAUCUAUACCAGAAUAUCAUCAAUAGUAUCUUCCCAACCAUACAUGGGAAUGAUGAAGUCAAGCGUGGGGUGUUGUUAAUGUUGUUUGGUGGUGUACCCAAAAAGACGCUUGAGAAGACCAGUCUCCGUGGAGAUAUCAACAUUUGUGUUGUUGGGGAUCCAAGUACUGCUAAGAGUCAAUUCCUUAAACAUGUUGAAGAAUUCAGCGCCAGAGCAGUGUACACAUCAGGGAAGGCUUCUAGUGCAGCCGGUCUCACAGCAGCUGUUGUCAAAGAUGAGGAGUCUUCUGAAUUUGUGAUAGAAGCAGGAGCCAUGAUGUUAGCAGAUAAUGGUGUUUGCUGCAUUGAUGAGUUUGAUAAAAUGGAUCCACGUGAUCAAGUUGCAAUCCAUGAAGCAAUGGAACAACAGACUAUCUCUUUGACCAAAGCUGGUGUUAAGGCUUCAUUGAAUGCAAGGACAUCUGUCUUAGCUGCUGCAAACCCUAUUGGUGGAAGAUAUGACAGGACUAAAUCACUAAAGCAAAACCUUAACAUGUCGGCUCCAAUCAUGUCCCGAUUUGAUCUGUUUUUUAUAUUGGUUGAUGAAUGCAAUGAGGUUGUUGACUAUGCUAUUGCACGGCGAAUAGUUGACCUGCACAGUCGACGAGAGCAGUCUGUUGAAAGGGUUUAUGCUGUGGAUGAAGUUCAGAGAUAUCUUACAUUUGCAAGACAAUUUAAACCCACUAUAACAAAAGAAGCACAGGACUACAUGGUUGAGCAGUAUAAGCACCUGAGAGAAAGAGAUGGCUCAAGUACAACUAAGUCAGCCUGGAGAAUCACAGUUCGGCAGCUAGAGAGUAUGAUCAGGCUGUCAGAAGCCAUGGCAAGACUUUACUGUCAAGACAAGGUUGAGCCAAAACAUGUCAAAGAGGCAUACAGACUACUCAACAAGUCGAUCAUUCGUGUAGAGACCCCUGACAUACAGUUUGAUGAAGAAGGUGAAGAAGAUAUGGAGACAGAUAACAAUGAAGAAACUCAACCAUCGCAGAACGGAAUAAAUGGCACUGUGAAUGGUAAUAAUGGUGAAGCGACAACCACAGAGAGUGUUGCUGACCAUUCUACCAAGCCCAAGCUGAGACUGACCUUUAAGGAGUACAAAGAGAUGGCUAAUCUUCUUGUGUUCCACAUCCGACGCGAAGAGGAAAAGUCUGAAGAUGAGCAGUCAAAAGGUCUUCGCAGAAGCAGGGUUGUCAACUGGUACCUGGGAGAAAUCCAGUCAGAGAUAGAAACAGAGGAGGAACUAGCUGAGAAGAAGAUGCUUGUUGAUAAAGUGCUUGACAGACUUAUACACAAUGAUGGGGUUAUCCUUGAAUUAAAGAGCUGGAAAGAGUCCGACAAAGAAAAGGAAGGCGAGAAAGACGAGGAGGAGGAGGAUCCACUUCUCGUAGUUCACCCGAACUACCUCUUGGAGUAGAGGAAAAAGAUUAGAUGUGCGUCUAAGGGUUUUCGGCCAUUUUGGAAUUGCAUGAAGUUUGUUGUCAUUGUAUUAAGUGCUUUGGCUACAUCACCAUAACAGGAUUGUAUACCGUGUUUCACUUAUGGACGUUGCUUAUUAUGUCACUCAUGCGAAAACACUGGACACUUUCAGAUCGAAUGCAGGUAGCCCUUUUUGGCUUUUCAUACCAAAAUUUACACGCGCUGUAUGUGUAUAGAUCAGGCUGUGUUUUGUAUAAAGUCAUAAGUAUAAUGUGUGUCAUAAGUGUAAUGUCUUAUUAAAACAUAUCCAAAUAAGGCUUUGAAUGCCA